AGUAGAGGGCGCGCUCGUCACCCGGCGGCAGGGGCUGGACGCGGCAGGAGCGGGAGGCGGAGUUCCGCCCCUUGACGGAGGCGGCGGCGCCGCAUCGCCCGGGUCGCAUCGGGCCGAGGCCGCUGGGGAAUUACCCUCACCGCCAGUACCCGGGCCGCCGUGGUCGACGCCCGCACUUUCCCUUCCGCGUUCCUCGCCGCCGCCUUCCCCGGAGACCCGGUAGCCGCAGGCCGACCCCGCCCACACCCAGCCGCCGGAGCUGCCGCAGUGAGGGAGGAGCCGAGUAGGAAACCGGCGGCCGGGAGCGGAACGCCCCUCUUUGCGUCGGCGCGUCACAAAAGCGGGAGGUGGUGGGGACCUGCGCGCCCAUUGGUCAGUCUGACGGCUUUCGGGACGCUCUGAGGGGCGGGUUCUGCGUUCCAGGCCGCCCGCCACGGGCUGGCCGUCCCCUCGGCCCUGCCUCCCACCUCGCCUCCGCCAACCCGAGCCGAGGACCGCGGCAGAGCCGCCCGCGCCGGCGGGGGCUCGCGCCGGAAGGAAGCGACGACGCGCGAGUCCCGUAGAGGUUAUAAAAGGAGAGGGGGUUGCCUAGCGGCGGGCGGAAGUGGGCGUUUCGGCUCUGCGGCUCGACUUUCGUCGGUCCGCUGUCUUUUGGGUUGCGGGAGGUAUCGAGGCCUCGGUGACAGGGCCUCCUCCGUUCUCUCCCCUGUACCCCGCCGGCCCUGACGACGGACGAUACGGGCGGGUCGAGCAUGGCGCGGGCGGCCAUCUCCGAGGUGUCCGAGUAUUUAAGCCAAAAUCCCCGGGUGGCCGCCUGGGUGGAGACGUUGCGCAGCGACGGCGAAACGGACAAGCACUGGCGCCACCGACGCGAGUUUCUGCUUCGCAAUGCCGGAGACCUGGCCCCGACCGCCACCACCGAGGCCGCCUCGGUGGAGUGCGGGGACCGCCGUCGCCAGCUGCAGCAGCUCGUCUCCUCCUCUAUGGCCUGGGCCAACCAUAUUUUCCUGGGGUGCCGGUAUCCGCCAAAAGUUAUGGAUAAAAUACUUAGUAUGGCUGAAGGCAUCAAAGUGACAGAUGCUCCAAUCCAUACAACAAGAGAUGAACUGGUUGCCAAGGUGAAGAAAAGAGGGAUAUCGAGUAGCAAUGAUGGGGUAGAAGAGCCAUGCAAAAAGAGGGCAGUUGAAGGAAAGAGCAGUUCUGCUGGUGGUCAGGAUGCUUCGAAGACUUCUGGCAAAACAGAGCAGGCAUCGCCAAAGCAGGAAGUCAAGGUGGGGUCAGUGCCAUCCACUAGAUCUGUGGGAAGUGGAGAGAACAUAAAUCGGAGCUCUAGCAGCACUUUAGAGAGGGGGAGUGCACUUUCCCAAGAGGUGGCAGGAGUAAAGUGUCAGAAUAAGUCCACCAGUGAGCUGACAGCUGAGAACCUUGGGGCAAAGCAAAGCACCAGCACUUCUCAGAUUGCAGCAGCCGGCCCUGAAAAGGUUUCAGAUGUAGAAACUUCAGACAAACAUAGUACAACACUAAUUUCAUCUGUGGCAAAAUCCAGUAGUCUUGGGACCCAGCUGACUGAUUCCAAACAACAAAACAUGUCACCUAAAAAGAGUGUUUUGGAGGGCACUUCAUCUUUGGCUUCUCAGAGCACUUCAGAGACAGAAGUGCCCCUCUUGACUUCUCAAAGCAGGUCAGAGACAAGUGUACCAUUGUUGGGUUCCCCAAGCAGCUCAGAAGUAGAGUUGCCACUGAUAUCCUCCAAACCUGGUUCAGAGUUACUGCCUCUGUUAGGCUCCAAAACCACUUCAGAUGGAAGCACAUCACAGUCAACUUCCAAAACUAGCUUGGAGUCAAGCAUUUCAUCAUCUGUUUCUAAGAACAGUUCCUCAUCCAGUGUGCAAAUGUUAACUCCCAAAAGCACCACCUCCGCAAGCACUUUACUGCUGACUUCUAAAAGCAGCUCCCAGGUCGCUGCUACGCUGUUGGCUUCUAAAAGCAGCUCCCAGACAGCUGCAUCUCUGUUGUCUUCCAAAAGCAGCUCCCAGCCAAGUGGAUCGCUGCUGGCUCCCAAAAGCAGUUCCUUGGCGAGCGUGUCUCAGCUGGCUUCUAAGAGCAGCUCUCAGACUAGCACAUCACAGUUACCUUCUAAAAGCACUUCACAGUCAAGUGAGAGUUCUGUUAAGUUUUCUUGCAAGUUAACCACUGAAGAUGUAAAGCAGAAGCAACCUUUUUUCAAUAGAUUGUAUAAAACUGUGGCUUGGAAGUUGGUGGCUGUUGGUGGCUUUAGUCCCAAUGUGAAUCAUGGAGAACUCCUAAAUGCAUCUGUGGAGGCUUUAAAAGCAACACUGGAUGUUUCUUUUGUUCCACUAAAAGAACUGGCAGAUCUGCCUCAAAAUAAGAGUUCUCAAGAAAGUAUAGUUUGUGAAUUGAGGUGCAAGUCUGUUUAUUUGGGUACUGGCUGUGGAAAGAGUAAGGAGAAUGCCAAAGCAGUAGCAUCAAGAGAAGCUCUGAAGUUAUUUCUCAAGAAAAAAGUGGUGGUAAAGAUAUGUAAAAGAAAAUACAGAGGAAGUGAAAUAGAAGAUUUGGUGCUUCUUGAUGAAGAAUCAAGACCUACAAACUUACCUCCAGCUUUAAAACAUCCUCAGGAGCUACCAUAGCAUGUUUAAAAGGUCACUGCAUAAAGCUUAUAUAGUGUUUUAACACAUGAACUGAAGUUUACUUUUGUACACUAAAAUAUUGGCUUUCAGACAUUUUCUAUUGCUUUCCCCCCUAGUUUUGUGGAAAAUUUAUGUUCUAGUUGUCUUCACCUAGUAGCAGCAAUUGUAAAUAAUUUAUGAAAGAAUGGCAGUGUGUGCAUUUAAAGGUAUGCCUUAACAUCAUAGCACACCAAAAUGCUGUUUAAUUUGCUAAAGAGUGUACCCUUGUCUUCUCUUCUUAAUGGUAAAGUAGGUACGAUAUGCAGUUCAGUAUAGUCUUAAUACUUUUUUGUACUAAAAAUUUGGUGAAAAUGUAUUAUGAGUGUUACCUUGCUUUUUUUUUUUAAGCAGAAAAACAAAAAGACCCACAUGAAAGUAAUGGGGACCACAGUAUUUAGAUGGGUGUCUAAGAAUCCAAGAAAACCGAGGUUUUCAAAAGUAUAGAGAGAACUCAUAAUGUUAAAUAUGCCUGUUAAAGAACAAGGAAAAAAUAAUUGCUUCAGACAGUUUUUCUUAAAGGUUGUAAACAUUUAAAAUAUGAAGCUGUAUGAAGUACUUAACAUUAUUUUACACUGAAAUUGUUGGUUAAUUCAGUAAGAUAAUUUUCACCUGCUCAAAUUCACUAGAUUAAUUUAUGUUCAAGGUAAAAAACUAUCUACUUUUUUUUUUCAGAAUGAAAAAAAUAGGAUUUGUUGUAUUAAGCGCAUUUGUGACUGCUAUAAUAAAAACACUUGAUUUGUUUAGAUAUUAAAUGCUUUAAGCUAUUGUACCUUUUAAAGAAGUUUUGUGGUUUUUCCCAAGCUAAAAUUAAUUCCUUGGAAUAGAAGUUUUGUUUUUUAGGACCAGCCACCGUAUCCACCUGGUAAUUUUCCAUAAUUAAUAUAUUCCUCUGGAUUGGCAAAGCAUAUCUUUCAAAUCAAUUACUAGAUACUUUGAUUUUUAUUUGUAAAUAUAUUUUAGAGGAGGAUGUGUGGGAGGAACUGAGUUAAACGAUUUCACUAAUGAGCAUGUUAAUUCCUCGUGAGCUAAAUUUCAGUUGCCACAAUAUCAGCUCACUUUACUGAAUUGCUAAAUGUUCUUUGGCUCUUUGAUAGCUAUGUUAAUUUACUGGACUAACUUCAAUUUCUGCAUUUGACAUGCUUACCCUGAGGUUUGGUUACCUUUCUUAUCUUUUCCCUGGUACUCUGAAUAUUCCUUUGGAUAUAAGGCAUAUAUGUUAAGUAACUGUAGGCUGGAACAGUGAAAGGAAGAUCAGCCACCUUGCGGUGCUUUUUACACUUUUAAAGGGAAACUACCUGAGAAUAGACCGUAUUGUUUAUAGAGAAAUAUGGAAACUAGAAUGUUUCUGGAAGCCUUUACUGCUUUCAAAAGACUUUUAUGACAGCAUUUGUUUGUUUGAACUUUAUAAAAAUUCUAUGAGAUAGGAUUUUUUAGAAAAGAAAAAGUGAAACUACUGCUUUUGUGACUUAAAGUCACACAGCAAAUAAUUGAGAAGCAGACUACCUGGUCUCUUGGCUCUCAGAUCAGUGGACUUUCUGUCUGGCUGCCUUUUUAGAGUAUGUGGAAAUGUAACUAUUCUUUCUAUUAUACCUUAGAAAUUAGUAGCCAAAGUUAUUCUCUAUGGAUUUUAUCAUUUAACAUCUAAUUAUUGUUGAGGUUCCACUUCAUGGAGUGACUGUAAAAAGCCACGUGUGGAUUUUUUUUCUGUACUUUAGAUUUGUGAUUACAUUAGUGUGGAUAACUCCCUCCAUCGGUGCAGAUCACCACAUCUUUCUGUACCUUAGUAUAGAUGGUCUUUAUGCUGUAGCCAACCUAUUUAUCCUCCCCGGAGAGAUACUUUAAUCUCUUUCUGGGUUCUUACUUCCUAAAGCCUUUUCCCUCUUACCGUACAAUCUGCAGCCUACAGAAGUUAUUUAAAGAGUUCCAAGAUCACUGCCAUUCCACAGUGAGGCAUCAGAAGAAAUUCAGUGGAGGUUUUAAUUGCUAAUUAUUAUUUGUGUUCUUAGAGUGAGUUACUUGGACAACUUCAGUAAUGUAUAUAUAGUGUGGAUAUAGUUUUCAUUGGUAUUUAUCUCAGGUCUCCUGGGGAGGAGGAGGAAGGGUGGGGUAGUGAUUACUUAGAAGUACGGAUAAGAACAGAAAGAAGGAAAUCUUGUGAUUUACAAAAUUAAUUUCAAAACCAGCUGACUACAAAUAUAUGGAAGGACCCUAUUCUGAGUUGGAAUCUCCAAAUACUUUUACCUUGUCUCUUUGUGAAAUAAAUUGAAUAUGCUAGCUACAGGAAUUUCUUGGUCUAAAAAAGCAUGCGAUCUUUUAGGAAGUACCAUAUGAAAGGAAAGUUGCAAAUAGAGUAAUGACUCAUCAUAAAUGUUGGAAAAAUACACAAUAAAUAAAUUUAGUUGAUCAAACUAAAAAGACUUACAAAGGUACGUAUGACAAGGCAAACAAAACUAAUCUUUUUAAAAAUCGACAUCAGCCUUAGAUUUAUAGAGAGUUUUAUUCAUUGCCUUGUGAGGUGGUAGGUAGUACACGUAUUGUUGCCGUUUUAUAGUUGAGGAAUCUGAGUCUCAGGUGUCCUCAAAACCUCAAGUAGUCCUUCAUGUCGAGUCCUCCAUAGUCACCCUAAGUGACUGUUGUGUCCCUUCAAACUCAUUUCCUUGGGAUACUUUACUGCAGUAAUGCUUGCACUAUUAAGGACUUCUUUUGGAAUUGUUUUCAGAGUCUAUGUCUCAUUCUCAGUGAUGGCAAGUCUUCAUCCCCGGAGUGGUUUUGACUUUUGGAAAUAGUCAAGUGUCACUCGGCCAAGCUUAGCAAAUAAGGUGGGUAAACCAAUUGAGUAAUAACAAUAGGUCACAGGCAAGGUAUGGGACAAAGAGGCAGACUAUAUUCUUGUGUGGCUCAUUUGUUUGCUCCAGAGGUGAUUCCAGAAUUUUUUGGUGGAACAGUAUCACUUGGAAUCAGAUAAUGAACUCUUUGAGAGCAACAAAUGCUGUUUUGAUAAGCUUGGCCUCAAGAAUUAAAUAUGGGAUGGAAUGAGUUAUUUGUUGACUCAGCCUCCCAAGAUAAUUUACCUUAAAGAACAACUCUAAUGGAUGUGUUCCUAAUUUUUAAAAUUUCAUUUCACUAUCGCAUAUUAGAAAGGUCCCACUUUAUGUGCUUCCUUCCACCCUGCACCCCUCCCCUCAUGUUCUCUACAAUGUAGUCCAGUUUAAAUUCUAAUGUUGAUAAUGUGAGUAUCUUGUUGAAAGUAGGUUCUUAGUAUCAACUUUUGUUUUGGCACCAAAUUCUCUGCUGUCUGAGAUCAUUGCUAAGACAUUGCUACACUUUGACUAUACACUGUUGCUCAAAAUACUGCCUUGGUUCAACAUUUUGAAAACAUUUUUAUUAUAAGCUUAACUGUCAACAACAAUGAGGGGAAAAUCACACAAAACCAUAAAAAAGCUUUAACAAAAUUACAUCUAAUUUGCCGUCUUCUGAUUUCUGUCUACUUAGUAGAUUGUUAUGUUAGUUUUUUCAAAAUGAUCAAUGUCUGUGCAUAGUGUUACAAUGUACAUGCGUAACAUUUCUUUUCAUAAUAAAGGAUUAAUAUGGUAAAUUC